AUGGCGACUUCCACCCUUCCUGCCGCGAUGGCUACUGCCUCAUCCGCCGACCCUGCGAUGGCAUCGACCGAAACCCCUCCUGCGCCCAAAAAAUACAAGGCCUCCGACCUCCCUCUGCCGUCCGCGACCCGAGCAGCCAUCGAGUCGCUGGCACAUAGCUUCAAGAAGAAGGGAGGCUACGAUGCCAUUCGAAAGGAGGUUUGGGAUAAGUUUGCAGCAAGCGACUACGAAGCCCAGGUCACAAAAGCCAUUCUCGAGGUCGCCGAACAAGAAGUCGAACGCAACCCGGCACAACUACUGACACUUGAGCGAGGCAAGGCGGCUGCUCUUAUAGACGGCGCGCUCGAGCGAUCCGGCGUGUAUCAGAAGGCCGAGCAGGUCAUCACACAACUCAUCGAUAGGGCCGCGAUUGAAGAGCGCAUGCGCCAGCUGCGGCGCAAUGACAUUGGCGAGGAAGAGGCCAUCGCCGAGCAACAACGGGGAGCCAAGACGGACGAAGAUUAUCACGCGGAAACAAUGGCGAAGCGAGCCGAACGUGAGAGGGUUCGCGAGGAACUGCGACAGAAGGAGCUUGCCAUUGAGGAAGAGAAACGCAAGAUCGCGAGGGAAGAGCGCAAAAAGGUUGAAAAGGAGCGCGAGAAGGCCGAGACCCAACGGAAGGCCGAAAGAGAUGCCAGACGAGCCGCUAGAGAAAAGCUCCAGGCUGAGCGUGAGGCUGAGCGGGAAGAGCGCCGCCGGCAGAGAGACAAGCAGCGGAGCCGGGAUAGAGACCGCGACAGGAGCCGAAGUCGCAGUCGCCGAAGGGACAGAGAUCGAGACCGAGACCGCGACGAGCGAGAUCGGGAGCGCCGUGAAGAACGCGAACGAAAGCGUAAGGAGCGGCACGAAGAGUCAGAAGAGGCUCAACAGAAGCUUUCAAAGGAGCAGCUUGAAAGGCUCGAGCAGGAGGCUCUCGCAGACCUCCUGCGCGAGAGCAAGCGUGUCACGGCGAAGCAGCCCGAGCUGGAAAUUGAUGAAGCGCUGGCGCCACCGCCUAGAAAGCUGGCCCCCGCUUCCGCCAUCAUGCCCUUCAAGAAGGUUUCCUCGCGUGACUCGCCCAAGGUCCCGGAAUCUAAGAAAGCCGAGCCUAAGACGGAAGCACGAGACGCCAGCGUUGCCGCGACACCCAAGGCUGAUGCACCGGCGGACAAGGCUAGAAGUCGCAGCCGCUCGCGUGCCACCGGGAAAGCAGAACGAGAAAAGGACGAUGACGACAGACGCCGCAGGGAUGAUGAUGACCGCCGCAGACGUGAUCGUCACCCCGUCCGCGUGAUCGAUCCCGCGAAAGGCGUGACAGGUCACGUUCAAGAAGAAGGGAGCGGAGUCGAUCCCGGACUCGACCUGAGCGACGAGAGAGGACUCCAUCACGUACACGUUCCCGACGUGACCGCAGCAGAUCUCGCACACGUCACGACCGACGUGACAGGAGCCGCUCUAGGUCUCGCGACCGCCGAGAUCGCAGCCGAGAUCGUGCCCGCAUUAACAGGCGUGACAGAAGUCGCUCGCGCACUCGGACGGAUCGUCGUGACAGGAGCCGGUCCCGUCCUCGUACCGACACCAGAGACCGCAGCCGCUCACGCGUUAGAAGAGACAGGUCUCGCUCCCGCUCUCGGACCCGCGCUGAAAGAAGAGACCGUAGCAGGUCUCCACGGGUCGACCGCCGAGAGUCUAUCCGUCGCGAUCGCAGUCGCUCCCGCACUCGUCGUGAUCGGUCUCCUGAACGGACGAGAGAUCGAGUCGAUCCAGAUCGAGACCCGCCUCAUCAGCCAUGCGGUCGUCAUCCCGGCUGGAUAA